UUCGUCUGUUCCAGCUCUCCAUUCCCUUCGCCUUCACAUUGUCUCUCAUAUUAAGGAUUUGGAAAUUAUCUUCAUGUUUGCGCAUUAGCGUCUCGCACCCAAAUGUCUUAUUGAAAAAGGUUUAGCUCUUCCCAUUUUUUUUUCUUCUCGUGCGACUUUUUCUACGUGUUUUUUUUAUUCUGCAUAGUUUAAUUUUUAUAAAUAUUUAAUGAUUGAUAAAAAGGGGGGGGGGGGAAGGAAGGACAGAAAUCACUAAAAAAUAUUUUUUGGUUAAAGAUUUUUUUAAAUUUAUUUUCUGACGUUGCAUUUUUAAAUAAAAUAUUUUUAAAAAUUUUUUCUUCCUUUUCCCUAUUAUUUUAAGAAAAGAAAUGUCUUCUAAUUCAAAUAAAUAUUUUAAUAAUUUUCGUCGUCUAUGCCGCAACAAGCCAAUUUUGGUAACUAGUGUAGUUACUGGCGCUGCUUUGUCUGCUACAAUUUAUUAUUUGGAUGUUACUAAUGAAGAACGUUUUAAAAGAAAUAAAUCCAACUACUUUUCUUCACUUCGUGCACAUGCAGCAUCUCCAAGUCUUUUAGAAACCAAACAACAACAAUUAAAUCGCCGUCCAUCGGGGCCUCUCCCGUCAAGAAAAGAACUUUUGAAUGGAUUAAGAGAAGAAGAAUUUGAUAUUUUGGUUAUUGGUGGAGGGGCUACAGGGGCCGGGGUUGCUUUGGAUGCUCAAACUAGAGGACUUAAAACUGCUUUGGUUGAAUUGGAUGAUUUCUCUUCUGGAACUAGUUCUCGUAGCACCAAACUCAUUCAUGGGGGUGUUCGUUAUCUUCAAUCUGCAAUAAUGAAAUUAGACAGAGAACAAUAUAGAAUGGUUAAAGAAGCUUUGUUUGAACGAGCAAAUUUGUUGGAAAUUGCUCCACACCUCAGCUAUCCUCUGCCUAUUAUGUUGCCUAUUUACAAGCUUUGGCAAGUUCCAUAUUAUUGGUUUGGAAUUAAAAUGUACGAUUGGGUUUCUGGCAAAAGAUUGUUAAAGAAUUCUUAUUUUAUAAAUAAAGAAAAGGCUUUGGAACGUUUUCCAAUGUUGAAAAAGGAAUCUUUAAAAGGAGCUUUGAUUUAUUUUGACGGUCAACAUAACGAUGCUCGUAUGAAUUUGGCAAUUGUUUUAAGUGCUAUUAGAAAUGGGGCAAAAUGUUGUAAUCAUGUAGCUGUUGAACAAUUAAUUAAAGAUGAAUCUACAGGAAAAUUAUGUGCUGCUAAAGUGAAGGAUAUGAUAACUGGAGAACAUUUCAUUGUCCGUUCCAAAUGUAUUGUUAAUGCUACCGGUCCUUUUACUGAUUCAAUUCGUUUAAUGGCAAAUCCAGAAACUCAGCCAAUUUGUUGUCCUUCAGCAGGUGUUCAUAUUGUUUUACCUGGUUAUUACAGCCCCGCAAAUACUGGACUUUUGGAUCCGGCAACAACUGAUGGACGUGUUAUAUUUUUCCUUCCAUGGCAGAAAAUGACAGUUGCCGGUACAACAGAUGCAUCAAGCGAAGUUACUUUCUCUCCAAAACCUCGAAAUUCUGAUAUUGAAUUUAUUCUUAAUGAAAUUCGUGGAUAUUUAAAUAAAAAUAUUACAGUUCGUAGAGGUGAUGUAAUGAGUGCCUGGUCAGGUCUUCGACCUUUAGUUAGAGAUCCAAACAAAUCUGAUACAAAAUCACUUGCUCGAAAUCACAUUAUUGAAGUAGCUGAUGAUUCUGGACUUGUUACUAUUGCUGGUGCACACAAUUGGGACCCAUUGCUCUAUGUCCAUUUGGUGCAAGAUUAUGGAAUUGAGGUUGAUGUUGCUCAACAUUUGGCAAAUAAUUAUGGUGACCGUGCUUUUGUAGUUGCUAGAUUGUGUAAAAUGACUGGAAAGAGAUGGCCGAUAGUUGGAAAUCGAUUACAUGGAGAAUUUCCUUUUUUGGAUGCCGAAGUUGAUCAUGCGAUAAAAGAAUAUGCGUGUACAACAGUUGAUGUUAUUGCUAGACGGUUACGGAUUGCUUUUUUGAAUACUUAUGCGGCACAUGAAGUUCUUGAUUUGGUUGUUCAAAUAAUGGCAAAACGUUUAAAUUGGAGCAGAAAGGAAAUGGAGAGACAAUUACAAAUGGCUAGAGAUUUUAUCAACAAUGAAAUGGGACAAGAAGCACGUAUGCAAUCAAUGUCAAGUGUCCCAUUAAAUUUAACACGAGAGGAAAUGCAAGCAGCCAAGGAAAGGUUUAAUCAAUUGGAUCGUGACAGAAAAGGGCAUAUUACUGUUAAUGAUAUUCGCCGACAUUUCCGUGAACAUGGCAACAAAAUUGAUGAACGUCUUUUACACGAAUUGUUGAAUGAAGUUGAUUUGAAUAAAAAUGGAGAGUUGGAAUUGGCAGAAUUCUUCCAGUUAUAUAGCGGUCUAAAAACUGGACAUAUUACACAAAAUCGUUUGGUAAGAUAUUUGGAUGAAAUGUCAGUAAAGGAUGUUGCACGUUCUGGAGGGGGCUUCUAA